AUGGCGACAGCAGGAGCACAAGGAAUGGAAAAGGAUGAAUAUAAGAGCGAUAACUCACUCGAUCAAAGAGAGCAGAUCGAAAAUGGUGACUACGACGCUCGCGGACAGAGGUGCAACGGAGCGUCGAAGAAACCCAAGCGAAGAAAGAAGAAGAACCUGUUCGAGGUCGUUCAGUUCCUUCCUAACUGGGGAAUCGGAUAUCACAUGGCCAAGACUCAUUGGACCGGCGUUUCCUACGAGAUCACCAAGAUCAACCUCUACAAAGAUGGUAGGCACGGCAAGGCUUGGGGAAUUGUUCAUAAAGAAGGUUUGCCAGCACCCGACACUCCCAAGAAAAUAAAUGGGGUUCACAAGCGCUGUUGGAGAUACAUCCCAAAUGCGAAGAAAGCAGAAGAAAGCACAGAAAAACCAAAGUGCAAGCAAAAAUUUGAUUCAAUAUUACUCUUCCCAGUUGUUUCAGAGUUUGCACUCGCAGUGAAUGGUUGUAUUUUUGAGAGAGGCGUUGUUUUUGGAUUUUCCUUUUCCUUCUCUAUUGUGUAGCAUCCUCCAGGGAAAAAUUAGUAAUUGGGCAAUCAUACAAUGUAGGUGAAUUUCCAUUUUGGAAUUUGCCCACUCCAUUGCUGAAAGUGUUUAGGGGCAUUCAAAUGGAAGUGGACAAGCUGAAACUUCCAGGUUUAGUUUGCGAAGAAAUGUUCAGGGGGACCUCUCCAUUUGUGUUAUUAGAAUUGUAGAGUAGCUAAAGAAGCCAUUCUGGUUGACUACUAUUCCAAGGUACAGUAAAAUGGCUGAUUCCCAACUUUUAGCGUAACUUAUGAUUUGUUUGGUAUGCUAGAAUGAAACAAAAUUGGUCUCUUAUAAUUUUUCGUUCAA